AUGGCCGACAAACCAACUCAACAAUCCAUGCUUCAAUCGCUGCGAAACUGGGGAGAAAACUCCAUCCCCCCAACUCUCUUAGCGACUUUGAUAACCGCCCAACACGCACGGCCCUUCCAGCCAUUCCCCAUGCUCUUCCCCCCGGUCCUGCUCUUGUCCUCGUAUCUCAACUUGAGCAACUACAAGACGGACGCGGCGGGUAUUACCGCGGCCUGGAGUGGGCUAUAUGCGAUAUUGGCGAUGAGGCGGAGUCAGGGCCUGAAGAACAAAUUCACUGUCCGGGGCGUAGUAAGAGGCGGUUCACUAGCCCUCUGUGCAGUAAACGUGGUAGGAUGUGGUCUUGCCUACACAUUUGGCAAGCGGGAGAAGGAGGAGAAGAAGACUGUGGUGUGA